AGCUUAAUAAAACCUUUAUUUUACUUUUUCCUCACCACUGGCUUUCGUUCUCUCUUUUUCUUAUUCUCCGCUGCCGCCGUAGGUUCAACUGUUCAUCUCUUACCUUCAGCGGGUUUAAAUUCCACCGCCGUAGGAUAACUCCGACCGCCGCUUUAACCCCGCGAAGACACACGGACCACCCGUCUGACAGAUAACCUAGCCGAAUAAAUUUUCCUUAAAAGGUUCUUUUAUUGUUCUUUUGUUUGAUUUAGGCGAUAAACUUGAGAAAUGGCGUUGGGACUAAUAUUGGGACUCGGAAGAGUAAUGCGGAGGAAGCGUACAUCUUCUCUCGACAUUCUUUCAUCUAAACGAGCUCCACGAGAUUACUACAAGGGCAAGAAUUGCAAGCCUACUGGUUUUCAUACACGCAAAGGUGGAUAUGUGGUGGUGCCAGAGAAACUGCCUAACUAUGUCGUCCCUGAUUUGUCUGAUUUCAAGCUCAAGCCUUAUGUAUCUCAAUGCCCCAUAGAACUUAAUACAAGUGACAACACUGAAUCAGCUAAAUCAUAAGCGAAGAGGUAAAUAUGAGACGAUGUUGGUGAUGGCAUCGAAGGGACUUGAAGCAAAAGACCUAGAAUUCUUUUACUAGUUAGCUAGUUCAGGCUCUAUUUGUUUGGUCUUGAAUUGAAAAACUUGUUUCGAAGAACAAAUAAUCGAGGAGGAAAACAAAGACAGGACGUUUGGAGAUUUGAAGUUUUUGGAAGUUGUGUUUGGUUUUAAAUUUGACAAGUUUUAAGAUUAUCGUGCCUUUUUGCCUUGUUGGCGAUGUACACUCGAUGGAGGCAAAUGAUGCACUAAAUUUAUGCCCAAAAAAACAAUGACCAUAUAUUAUUAAAUUUUAUUUUGUACUUGGAUAAGAUAGAAUUUGGAUUUUUGUUUCAAAA